AUGUUCUUCCUCUCCCGACGCUGGAAGCCCAACAAGUGGCCCUUCUACGUUCUGUUGGCUCUGGAAUUGCCACUGACCAUUGCCCUGUUGGCAUUGUUCGGCAUCGCUUCCCCCAAUACAUAUCGGACCAAGCUGUGGCAGGAUGGCGCCGAUAAUGGCUUCAAUUCAAGCCCGACCACGGGAUUGUAUGCUGCGGCGAACUAUAGACCAUAUACAACUCCCAGAGUUUGGUCGCAAUUUAUAACCGACUACAAUGUUGUGAUUUCGGUCUUCUCCAUGUUCGUUAUGCUGGUCAAAUCCGUUAUGUAUAUGCUUCAUGUCUUUCCUCCUGUUCUCUCCGCUUUCGUCCACGCCGUCCUCAUUGCCCUGUACACCGUUUCUGUCGAUUAUCAAGCCGGCAGCGACACCACUGAUCCCGACCAUCCUCAAAAUGGCCCUCCUUGGUAUAUCACCAAAUCCUGCAGUGUGGCUCAUGAUAAGAGCUUGGUUGGUUAUUGCACACAAGCCAAAGCCAGCUUUGCUUGCACUUGCACCAUGCUGGGGAUUUUUGCCAUCUAUUUUGGCUUUGCAGUCUGGUCGUGCUUUCCCUCGAAGCAACAACGGGAGGAAUACGCGGAGAAAAAGAGACUCGAGGCUGAGAGAUGGGCUAAAUUCGAGGCCAUUGAAGAUCCUGCUACUGGCGAGGAGAGGGUGGCAUACCCUACCCCUGAAACUCCGGGUCUCCAGGCGGGAUUGAAUCCCAUGACUCCUCGAACGCUUGCGUUCAACACACUUGGAGGUACCAAGGAUUUGCCGCUCCGAAAUCAUUUCAGCUCACCAAAUGCUCCGACAUCACCCUCCUAUGCCAUCAGAAGCCCCGACUUACCCCGAAGUCCAAUGAGUCCGGGUUUCAUUGAACGAGCGGGCACGGAACCUCAAAAUGGAAAAGCGGUCGCGACCGAUCCCAGCCCCAGCACGAAUCCACCUAACCUAUAUUUCCCUCCUCCUCCAAAGACAUCGAAGAAGUGA